CGGAACUGACACUUAACUCUCGCAGCGACAUGUCCCGAGCUGGCAGUGCCCUCCUCCUGGGCAUCACCCUGUGCUGUGUGGCUGCCUGGGCAAAGGAAAAGAUAGAGGUACAUGAAGUCUGCCCCGUAUUUGACCCAGAGACCUGUAAAACGGGCAAACCUGGAGGCGCUCAGUGCCGCUCCGACAAGGAAUGCCACAAACACCAGAAAUGCUGCUGCGUCAAAUGCGGGCGACAGUGUAUUGAGACUGUGGAAGUGAAACAGGGCCGGUGCCCCCCCAAAGUGGCCAACUGCACCACAAUGACUCACUCGGACACUUCAUGCAAGAGCGACUUUGACUGCCCCCAUCGUCAGAAGUGCUGCGAUCAGUGCGGCAAUGUCUGCCGGGAACCCAUGAAAGAGAAACUGGGAUUCUGCCCCACAACUGACCAGAAACAGGUGGAGUGUUCGGCGGUUCGUUGCAGAGCAAACACUGACUGCCCCCCCAACCAAAAGUGCUGCCAGUUUGAAGGGAAACAGACCUGUAUGAACAUCUGACCAUUGGACUGAGGCUUUUCCUCCCAGUAUGGGGCAAGGCAAUGGGUCACCAAUUGGCCAAGUCUUCCCCAGGGAUGUCUAAUAAGCACUGGCCCAGCCACAACAAUAGGGGCCCCACACAGUGUAUUUGGUUCUUGUAAUUGGGGAGUUUCUCAAUAAAUAUGUUCUGAAUCC